AGACUGCCUGUCCCAUAUAUCAUGGAGGACAGCGUCACUGUCCAUUCCUUGUAAGUUAGUAGGUAGGAAGUCACCUACCACUGCAAGUCCAGCCUACAUGGAGCAGGAGGCACAGCUACUGACAAAUACAUUGCUCUCAAAGCCCUUUAAAAGCUUUAGCUUGAUAGUAAAGUUGGUAUAAGGAGUAAGGGUAGUCUUUCUGAAAGUGUGUGUGUGUGUGUGUGUGUGUGUGUGUGUGUUUCAGUGUUUAGCUGAAAUCAAUACAGUUAUGUGUGGGACUUGAGGCACUCCAGAGGCAAUGGUCAGCGAGCUUUUAUGGAGGAAGAAAAGUUGUAAGACAGCAUAAAAUUCAUGAGCGGCAGAGAGCGAGAGGAGUUACAUGCAAGGUGUUGUUGUUGUGCCAAGAGAGGAACCAAUGACUUUGUGUUGACAGCAGAAGUGUUCAGGAUACACCAGGUCUUUUCAGCAAUCUUUCCGUUCCACUUCAGCAAGCAAAGGAGGACGUGGAUCAUCGGGGAAGAUGUUCUUUGUGGCAGGGGCCAAAAAUACAGCUAGAUCGGGAGGAGGAAAUGAAAGGAACAGGUCAAUCUACCAGAAGUUCCGUGAGGUAGAUUUGUUGGACAAGAAGAAGACAGUGACAGCUCUAAAGCCCGGUGAAGAUCGGGCCAUUUUCCUGGGCCUUGGAAUGAUCCUCUCCUCAGUCAUGAUGUACUUUGUCCUGGGGAUCACUAUAUUACGCUCAUAUGCAGACAGUGUGUGGACAGAGGAGGGUGUGUGUGUUGUACUCAACUCCACGGUCACAGCAGACAUGAACUGUUCCUACAACUGUGGGUCAGAGUGCUGGAGAGUCUCCAAAUACCCCUGUCUGCAGGUCUACGUGAGCGUCAAUAACACAGGCCGUGUCAGCCGUUUAUCUCACAAUGAGGAGACCCAGGACACCAGCUCUGAAUGUUUCUAUGUGCCCAGGUGCCAGAAGGACAGCGUGGCCAUGCACGUCAUGAUCAUGAACAUCUCUGAGCGUCUGAAGGUGAACCAGCAGGUCUCUUGUUACUACGACCCAAGCGAGCAGCAGGAGUCCGUUCUCCUGACUAGGCUGUACGACCACAGCGUUGUCUUCCACUCGCUGCUGUGGCCCUCCUGCAUGCUCACAGGGGGGGCCCUCAUCAUCGUGAUGGUGAAACUCACGCAGUACCUCUCCAGGCUGUGUGAGGAGAUAGGGAAGAUCAAGAGGUGAAAUCCACACAGCAGCUGUAAAACCCAAGCAUAUGGUGGUUCGGUGAUGGACAUACAGUAUGACAUGAAAGAGAUUGUUUUAACAGAGGCGACCUUGCUGUGACCUCUUGCAAACUUUCCUCUUUGGUUGAGACAUUUGGAACAGCUGACUGAUUGAGGAUGUGACAGUUUAUAAAAGUGAACUGAAUGUUCACGGGCGGAAACUGUCAGACAUGUAACUGGCUGUUAAAACAGGGAAAACUAUGUCUGGAUUUUGCAUGGUGUUAAAGCAUUGUAAAAUGUUUUACAAGAGUUUGUCACACUUGUAAUCUUAAAUAUAGUGUACUAUGAGCAUGUGCUUGCUAUGUCACAUGUGAUAUACGUGACUAUACCAACCUUAAUCGACAGGGGAAAACACAUCAAAAAAUCUCCUCCGUGUUGUUGAAGCAUGUUACAAUUAUGAGAACUUUCGCAAACUUUCUUAGAUUUUGAUAACCAUAUGUUAUUGUUUUCUGAAACAAUAACAUGUUCUUAUUUGACCUCUGCCAUCUUAGUGACCAAAUAAUGUCAUAAUAAAAUGCCUUUCAUGAAUGAACAUAAGGUAUGCCAAACAUUACAUGAUAUUCUUUUUGAAAAAACUAUUGUAUACUGUAAAAUGUAUCUCACCCAACAGCAAUGAACAUUUAAAGAUCUAGUAUUUAAAGGGCUUUGCAUAUAUAUAUAUAGACGUAAUAACACAAUAUGUACUUGCAGAUUUAAAGGAGAGACUUGCCCGGGCUUGCCACACAAAGCUUAAAGUAAAAAAUAAUCCUUCUGAUUGCAGAUUCCAGGGUCAUGAACUUGACACAACAACUACUGUAUCCACCACCACGUUAUCUCAUAAAUUAAAACGGAUAUAUAAUG